AGCCCCACGAGCGUUGACCGGUCAACGAUCAAACAUUCAAACCUCUAUGAGAGCUUCGGCCUGUCCGUCUCGAGAUCACCAUCCUGCACGGCACCCGCCUUCGACCCUUCCCUUCGGCUGUCUCCUCCGCCUCCCAUCGAUGACCUCGACGCCGGCAAGCUCCAGUGCACCGGCAAGCUCUGGACCCGUCGCGCUCUCGUUCGCGACCAACUCCUUCGGUAACUUUCUAGGCGGUGGCUCAGCUUCCAGUGGCAGCGAGGGAAUCGGGCUUUCGAAAUUCAAGACCAUGACCCCGCCUUCCCUCCCGCUGUCGCACCCGCCGGCGUCGCCGUCGCCGUCGUCGUACUUCAACGAGGCCUCCAGCUUCCUCGACUCGCCGAUCCUCCUGACGCCCAGCUUAUUCCCGUCGCCGACGACGGGCGCGUUCCCCUCGAAGCCCUUCAACUGGAUGGGGACAACGGAGAACCUGCAGGAGAGCGUCAGGGAUGAGCAUCGGCAGUGCUUCGACUUCACGUUCGAGACGGCGGCGGCGGUGCCCACAACGAUGAGCGGAGCCACGCAGACGGCGUCCUUUCCGCAGUCGUCCAUGCUGAUGGCUCCAUUGGGAGGAUUAGGAGACUCGUACAACGGCGAGCAGCAACAGCAGCCAUGGAGGUACAAGGAACCGCCCAUGGACUUCAGCACGCCAUUCGAGGCGACCUCCUCGGGCAUCCCGGCGGCGGCGACGCGGCCUGACAUGCUCGGGAAUGGUGGCUACAGUGCGGUGUCCGGCUUCCGCGAGCAGAGCCGGCAAUCGUCGGACGACGGCUACAACUGGCGCAAGUACGGGCAGAAGCAGAUGAAGGGCAGCGCGAACCCGCUAAGCUACUACAAGUGCACCUUCCCCGGCUGUCCCACAAAGAAGAAGUUGGAGCGAUCGCCGGAUGGGCAGGUCACGGAGAUCGUGUACAAGGGCACGCACAACCACCCCAAGCCACAGAGCACGCGCCGGAGCGCCAGCUCGGCCUCGGCGUCAUCGUACGUGCUGCAUAGCGCCAACGAUGCGGCGGCCGAUCAUUCCUUCGGCGCGCUGUCAGGCACGCCCGUGGCGACGCCCGAGAACUCGUCGGGGUCCUUCACGGACGAGAUCAACGGCGUGAGCUCGCGGCUGGGCGGUGACGUCGGUGCCGACGAGCUCGAUGACGAUGAACCCGACUCCAAGAAAUGGAGGAAAGACGGUGACGGCAAGGAGGUCUCACUGGCCGGCUACCGGACGGUGCGGGAGCCGAGGAUCGUCGUGCAAACGGUGAGCGCAAUCGACAUCCUCGACGACGGCUACCGGUGGCGCAAGUACGGGCAGAAGGUGGUCAAGGGCAACCCGAACCCCAGGAGCUACUACAAGUGCACCACGGCCGGGUGCCCGGUGCGGAAGCACGUGGAGCGCGCGUCCCACGACACGCGCGCGGUGGUCACGACCUACGAGAGCAAACACAACCACGACGUGCCCCCCGCGCGCGGGAGCGCCUCGCUCUACCGCGCCGGGCCAACGGCGCAGCAGGCCGCGAUCUACCAGGGCGGCGUCGUUCGGCCCGACGGGUUCGGCGCCAGCCACGGCGCGUUCUGCGGUCUCGACGGCGCGCAGGUGCAGGCCGCGGAGAGCGGCGGCGGAUUCGCCUUGUCCGGGUUCGGCAACACGAUGGAGACGUCGUACUCUUACUCGAGCCAGCAGCAAAGCGACGCGAUGUACUACGCCUCAAGGACCAAGGACGAGCCAAGAGAUGACAUGUUCUUCGAGCAGCCAUUGCUGUUCUGAACUUCUAACUGGCUGAAUGAACCACUGCGAAAUCGAUUGGAAAGAAAUGGUCGAAUUUAGAUUUCUGUUUAACUCGUGGAGCGAUUGCGGGCGGCUUAAGAUUGUCCCGGCCACGUUUGUUCAUUUAAAUGAUUUGGUUGUAGGCCCCAACCGUGCAGAUGUCUGCAGAAAUGGUAGCCUUCAGUUAGUACUGUGUACACACAAAAAACUUGUGUGUACACACAAAAAACUUGUGGCGUAGGAAAUAAGUCAGUGGCAUAUGAUUUUCAGCAGUCUUGACUGCAUUUUUUCCAAUGAAAACUUGUUGUACGUACUCAGAUCUUAGCAGGGGGAAAAGUUAAAUGUUCAGUUCAUGUA